AUGGACAACAUGUUUAGCUCAAACUCCGAAUGGGUGACCUUCUUCCGCUUCAAGAUCGGGUACUUAGUAUUCUUUGCAAUUGUAUCCCUUCUCACAACAUCUGUAGUCGUUCACACGAUCGCGUGCAUUUACAUCGCAAAAGAGACAACCUUAAACAAAGUCUUAUCCUUGGUCCCAAAGGUUUGGAAGAGGCUUAUGAUUACUUUCACUUGGCAUUUCGUCUUCAUUUUUGCGUACAAUUUUCUAUUUCUAUUAACAGUAAUCUUUGUACUAUUAGACAACGGGGAUAUAGGGAUUGGGCGUAUGGCUUUUCUAAUAGUAUUAUUUAUCGUAUACUUCAUGGGGCUUCUCUAUAUUACGAUGAUAUGGCAUUUGGCAAGUGUGGUUUCCGUGUUGGAAGAUAGUUAUGGGCUUAGCGCAAUGAUGAAAAGCCGGGGUUUGAUCAAGGGCAAGAUGGAAAUUUCCAGUGCGGUUUUCUUUGUGUUGGGUUUGUCUUUCUUUGGUAUUCAACAUAUGUUCAAAAUUUUCGUGGUUCUCGGACAUGGAGAUGGGAUUGGAAAAAGGAUUGUGUAUGGUAUUAUUUGCCUUGUUUUGCUAUCGAUUUGUAUACUCUUUCAACUCAUUAUGGAGACGAUUAUUUACUUCGUUUGCAAGUCGUAUCACCAUGAAAAUAUCGAUAAGUCCUCGUUAGCAGAUCAUCUUGGUGGGUAUCUUGAGGAGUUUAUUCCUCUCCAAUUUAAGGAUGUUCAAACAGGCGACGAAAACAAAGUUGGAGGACUCGGAAUUGUUCCGGAGACACUCACGGAGGACAACUACGAGCACUGGAAAAGGUGUCUGAAAACCUAUUUGGUGGGUCAUGGCUUAUGGGGUGUUGUGUCCGGAAAGGAAUCCGAACCGGACAAAGAGAAUAACCAAGAACACGACGAGUGGGAGAAGAAAAAUGCUUUGGCUCUACAUGCCAUUCAAAUUUCUUGCGGAUCGGGUAUAUAUGCUAAGUUUGAUAAGGCGCAUGUUUCGGCGCAUUAUGCGUGGACUCAUCUUGCUGAGAGGGCAUUCGGACAUAAAGAACGUCAAGUCGAGGAUCAUAAUGGGACCAAAGAGUACCUUAAAUACGAGGACUUGUACAAGGCAAUCGAAGAAGGCAAUUGGCAUAAUACACAAGACUUGCUGAAGCAAACUCGGGGGGCAUUUAAGGCAAGGGUGUCUUCCCAUAACGAUACGCCCCUUCACAUUGCAAUUUUGUGUGGGCACUUAAAGAUUGCAGAGCAUUUGGUAGGUAUGACAGAACCUUCUGACUUGGAAUUGAUAAAUGAAUACGGCGCGACCGCACUUUCUCUUGCUGCUGUCUGUGGUGCGACAAAGCUGGCAAAGAUGAUGGUAAUGAAAAAUACAAAUUUAGUGACAAUGUCAAAUGAUCAUGAAGAUGGGCAACUACCUGUGGUUGUUGCUGCUUUUUACGGACAAAAUAAUAUGGUUCGUUAUCUGUAUAAAGUGACACCUAAAUAUGAGCUGAGCCCGGAAAAGGGUGAGAAUGGGGUGAAGCUUCUUAACUGUCUCAUUACCGAUGAAAUCUACGAUGUCGCGUUGUUGCUACUAAAACAGUAUCCAAAACUAGGAGUUACACCGGACCGUAGCGGCAACUAUGCUCUCAAAAUAUUGGCUCACAAACCUUCAGCCUUCCUUAGUGGGUCGAAGUUUGCAUUUUGGGAGAAAUGGAUCUAUGAUUGUGUGAUAAUUCAUACUCAUUGGGACACACAACGGGAGUUUCGUAGCGAAGAACACAUGGAAACCGAAACAGUGAGUGUUGACCAGAGAAUCCAGAUUCAUGACUCAAGCGACGAAGAAUUCGAAAAAAGGGGACACAUCGAUCUCCAAUGUAAAUAUUUCUUGUUUAUUUCAACUAAUAUAUUAAAUGGAAUUUGAAAUGAAUCACGUCAUGUGAACAUAAGAAACUCAUUCUUUCAUUUUCCUACAAAUAUAAUGAAUAUUUCAUUUUUUUUUAUUCCUAACUAGUUCGGAAUACUCGUAUGCAGUUCACAACGUGUUCCACAAACUCAGUUGGGGCAUUUUACAAUGCUUAGGUAUGUUUACACUACUUGUUUUAUUUAUAUGCUAAGAUAUGAAAUAUUAAAAAUAAAUAAAAAAGGUUGUGAGCACAAGUUGUAUAUAUCACAAUUCAUUUACACAUAUUCUUCUUAUCUUAAAUUAGUACCAGAAAUAAAAUCAAUCCAUCACAAGAAGUUGGUACAUCACGAGGCCGUGGAGCUCCUGAGAUGCAUCUUUCAAGAGAUGCGGAUGUUGACCAAUAAAGAUCUCGAAAGGAUGGAUAUUGACACAAUAAUUUACGACGCUAUAAAACAUCGCAUAUUUGAAUUCAUACGUGAAA